UUCACAACCAUAACCAAAUGAUCCCAAAGUUUAUGGGCCUGCUAAAUUUCGAUGAAGUGUGGGCUGUGGCCAACUUGAUCUCUUGCUCCCGAAGGAGUGUGGGCUCGUUACUGGGCCGCUAAUGCGUUAUCCUCUUUAGAUGUUUUUGUUAUUCGUGCGUCAGCAAGUGCCACGUAGGACGUCGGCAACAAAAGUAACCUUCGAGAAAGCGAGAGGAGAAAAAGACCUAGAAAAACGAUGGAAGAACCUCCUUCACCCAAAAAGCAAAAGACGGAAGGCGGACCUGAUCAUCAGUAUGCGCAGCCGCCGCCGCAGCGGCAGGCCGGUGAAGCAGAGCCGCCGUCGGUGCCGCCAUUAUCCUCCUCAUGCUCCUUUCCAUUGGGCGAUCCGUCGUCUCCUUACCCAGUGAUUGGAGUCGAUCCUGCAAGCAGACAUUAUGAGAAGAUGCUCAAGUACCUGGGUGCUGAAUUAGAUUCGCCGCCGGACAAUGAAGAACUGAUGAGAAGGGACAGCGCCUACGUUGCGGGAGCAGCUCUGGAGCUCUACAACGAGAAGGAGGGGACGAAGUAUGUGUUUGAUGAGCCCUUCCUCUGCCGCUGCAUUCUCCUUCACCCUGUGGUAAUACUCCACGCCAACUUCACUGCCAAGGAGGUAAACAGCGAUUCCUGUAGCAGUGAGUCUAGUGACCUGUUUUUCGGCGAGGCAGUACAGUACCUUGGCGGAGGCUCCCGGGUUCUGAAUUGUGUCAGAGUGGAUCCUUUUGCAUCCGGUGGUGACCGCAACGGUUGCAUCUACUGUCGGAAAGACAUCAUCCACCCUCCUGUUGAACACUGCGAGUACGGAUCGAAUGCGUUCCAUGAUCAGAAGAAGCUCCAACACAAGACAGUGAAACCCAAACCAUCCAACCAGGAGGAUUGAAAUUUCUUGACUGCACAUUACCCUCUCUCUCCUUCCCAUUCUAUAUGCAUGUUUGUGUCAUGAGCUUAAAACUUUUGUGAUCCUUGUUGAUAGGAAAGAAGUAUGUUUGUUAACUAUGUGUUUGAUGUUAGAAGAAGUCGUAGCAGUUCGCGGGUUUGAGUACUGAGUGUGUUGUUUGAUGUUGAUGAUCUGCAAGCAAUGUUGUUUCAAGUAUGCCUAUCUGUGAUUCAUGGUGCAAAGUAUAUAUAUAUCUGA